CCUACGCAGUGCGCCCCGGACAUAGGACUCGGAGGACGGGGACUAGCGAGCAGAGCGCAGUGCUGCGGCCAAUCACUCAGGAGCGGGGGCAGAGCUUGGGGUGCACGGCACUUUUUUUUUCGGGUGCAAAACUUCUCUGUGCCAGGCAAAAAGUUUACCUGUGCCACCCGGUAGGAGAGAGGGAGCGGAGCAGAUACGUGGUAUCCAGCGGCCGUCAUCACAGGACUCCCCUCUCCUAGCACUCUUUGUCCUCCGCCUGCAUCAUGCUCUGGAUAUCCUUCUCCCCUCUGCUCCUUUGCACUUUAGCCGCCUGCAGCCUGGCUGUCCGGGCUGACAAGACGAAAAGUUGUGCGGAGGUCCGGAAACUUUAUGAGUCCAAAGGCUUCAACCUGAAUGAUGCUCCAGUCCAUGAAAUCAAUGGUGACCAUCUGAAGGUCUGUUCACAAGGACAUACAUGUUGCUCUCAAGCGAUGGAGGAGAAAUACAGCCAGCAAAGUAAACAUGAUUUCAAGGCUGCGGUCACAGAGCCAUGUAGUACGCUGCAGAAUAUAUUUUCUUCCAGAUACAAUAAAUUUGAUGAAUUUUUUAAAGAACUUCUUAAGAAUGCGGAAUCAUCACUGAAUGACAUGUUUGUGAGGACUUAUGGGCGAUUGUACAUGCAGAACUCAGAACUUUUUAAGGACUUCUUUGUGGAGCUGAGGAAGUACUACGUCGGAGGGAACGUAAACUUGGAGGAAAUGAUCAAUGACUUCUGGUCUCGGCUGCUGGAGCGCAUGUUCCCACUAUUAAACCCACAGUAUCACUUCACCGAUGAGUAUCUGGAGUGUGUCAGCAAGUACAUUGACCAGCUUAAACCAUUUGGAGAUGUACCACGUAAGCUUAAGCUCCACGUGACCCGUUCCUUUGUGGCAGCCCGCACCUUUGCACAAGGUCUAGCCAUGGCCAGGGAUGUGAUCAACAAGGUGUCCAUGGUAAGAGCUUUUACUUUUCUACCUUGGCAGUCUUCAGAUAUUAUUGGCAUUGGUUCCUGUAUAUGUCAGCGGAUUGCUUCUUCUCGUGACUCAUUCCAUCGAAUGACUGCUGCUCUGUGCACAGAUUGUUAG